GUGAUAAUAUUUCUCCAGCCCAGACCGAGUUGCAUUUGUUUGCGAUUAAUAGGUUCAAUUCUAAGGAGUUUGUGCGCUUUGCUUCCAGUAUUCACGCACAGUGUUUUAAGGUUGAACGCUUCAUUUGAUUUACCUUCCUCCGUUAAGACACCUCAACACAUAGCACAUGCUUGUAUCACUCAGCCUACGAUAAAUCCUUAUCCAGUGUCACAGUGUCGCACAGUGAGCCACAGCCAUUUCACCGCUACAACGCUUCUCCGGACGUGCCUCCCUGUGCAGCAGCGGCAGCUUGAAACAAGACACCAGCUCCUCCCGUUUUCUGGCCCGUGGUGACUGAGAAUCGGUUCCGCAUGGUGACAAUAAUCAUACCCAUAUACGUAGUGAUAGUCGUGUUUGUGACACUGCUGGUAAUACUGUAGGGCGAGCGAGCAGCAAAGCGCCCCCGGCCCAACCCUGCCAAAUGAGUAUCCCUCCCGCCGGUGCCACGGUCGUAUUCCGAUGUUGUUGCGCUCCGAGCGGCUACGGUACAGGUUGGCUGGGUUGCACUGGUGCACGUGUCACCGUAGCUGCUGCUGCUGCUGCUUCACUGCCGCCGUGCGCUAGACAGUCGAUCCGCUCGUGAGCUCCACGGUGGUCCGAGGCUAACGCGUGCAAGGCUGCUGUUGUGUUGUGUGUGUGUUGUCCGAGUACCAUCCGGCCGGCCGUUUUCCGUGCCGUUUCCGUUCGCAUUCCGUUCCGGGGUCGGCGCUCCAGUCCAAGCGCAACCGUCUAGCUGCGAGGGCGGCCACCUCUUCACGUGUAAUCCGCGGGUCGCGCUAGUACUGUUGCACAGUACUAGCAGCGCCUAGCCAGUGGCCGCAAUAGCAUCGACACGCAGGUAUCCCCGGGGCCAGAACGCACCGGCGCGGACAGCGAGCGGGACGUGGGCGCAGCGCAGGCCAGCGAUCAUGGCGAAGGUGUCGGCAAGCACGCACCAGGACCCGGCCAUCCUCGACAUGAUGGAGAUCAGCAAGAAGCGCCCGCCGAAGCUGAAGUCGGCCGAUCGCACUGUUUCGAUGCGCAUCGACAACUACUCGCCGGGCAGUGGUGGAGCCGGUGGACCUGGUGGUGGUGGUGGCCCUGGUGGCGGUGGAGGAUCCGUUAGUGGAAGCCGCGAAGGUGGCAGCGGGAGUGCUACGGGUGGGAGCAGUCCGAUCAUGCUCGACAACAGCCUGAUCGUGCACCACAGCCCGGUCGAGCGGCUGUCCCCGAUCUCUAUGCAGAAGCACUCGCCCGACCCGAAGGUGUUCUUUCGCAGCGAAGCCUCGCCGACCUCGCUCAAGGUGGAGGAUCCGUGGAGCAUCGCGCGGAAGCAGUUUCGCCGCUCGGACACGCUGCACGUCUACUCGCCCUCGAUGCAUCAGCUGCGCAAAGCCACCUCGUUCCAUUCGCGCAGCAACAGCGGUGGCUCCAACCCGGACGAGAUUGUGGCCGCACCGAUCAUCCGGCACAGCAGCGUGCGGCACACGCAUAUCUACCCGCGCGAGUACCUCGUCAAGCAGGACAGUGGCGGCGGCGUCAGCAGCGGUGGCGGCGAGGACGAGGAUGAGGAGCUGACGGUGGCAGCAGCGGCCGCCGCUGCCGCGGCCAGCUACCGCCAACACUCGCCGAACGUGAGUGCCAACCGGCGCAACUGCCAUAUGCAUCGCUCGUUCAACGAUCAGCAGAAGCGCAAUGCGGCCUUUCUCCGGCGGGACUCGGUGAAGUUUCACUCGCUCGGCGACGACAUCCCGGCGGAGGUGGUGGACCGGAGCCCGCGCGAAGCGAAAAAGUUCAGCUCGGCCAACGCGUCGCUGGAGAACGAGAUCUAUCGGUCGCGCAGCAACAGCCGCACGGACAAGAAGGGCGAAUCGUUCUCGGACUUUGUCAGCCGGCAGAACAGCAAGAAGUACAACCAGAAGAACAGCACCACCAGCCUCGACCAGGCACUGCCGUACGUGGGUGGGAGCGGCGGGGGCAGCUUUCGGCGCUCCCUCAUCCAGCACUCGAACGCGCACCUGCUCAGCCCGAACCCGCCGUUCCUGGACGACUUCAAGCCGCAGAAGUCGCCCAUCUUCGAUCAGAAAAAGUCCUACUCGCUGCGCUACAAGAACGGGCGGCAGGAUGCGCGGGAAAACUUUAAAGCGAAAAAGUCGAAGAGCUUCAUCGUCGAUCUGGAGCCGCCGCCACCGGCCAUCAUCAGUGCGACCGGCAGCCCGUACCGCAAGGACAGCAUGGCCUUCACGCCGGAGGAAGCGGACAAGAUAUACAAGGCGUCGCGCAAGCUGUCCUCCAACCUGAUGCUGGACGACAUCGGCCGGACGACAGACAUUUCGCCCAUCCCGAUGGACAUCAUGGACAUCAACUACGGCGUGAUCAUGAAGACGUACCAGAUGAACCGCCAGAAGUCGCUCGGUGCGUCGCGCAAGGGCCGACGAAAGUUUGCCGACAAGAAGCUGGCGGGCAGCAGCUUCGACGACGAUACCGAAUCGUCCAAGAAGCGCAAGCGCAUCGUCUGCAUCGUGAUGACCGUCUUCCUUGCGCUAGCCCUGUUCAGCGUGCUGGCGGUGCUGGUGACGCUUACCCACACCAGUUCCGGCGGUUCCAGCACGUCCACGCAAACCAAGACGCAGUACACGUUCGCACGCGACACGCCGAUCCACGCCAUCCCGACCUACAUGGUGUCGAAGGACUCGCCGAAACACUACAACGGUGCCAAUUGAUGCGGCAACUUUAGCCGCUCGCGCCCACUGAAUGCGCCCGUGUCCCGCUGGCAGGCACGCGGCAGCGGCAGUGGUGGCGGCGGCGGCGGCACCGGCGGUGGUGGCGGUGCAAUUACGUCCGACACCAUCAGCUGUCUGGUGGAGCAGCACAGUUAGUAGCGCCUGGGGCGACGUCGUCGUCGCCGGCGUAGUGUUGUAGCGGUUAGCCGUAAUGGAACUAGCGGAAGCGACAGCAACAGCACCAGCGAGGACGUUACCGCCCAUCGUAAGAUAGAGCAGGGGGACGGAGCAACAGGAGGGAACAGCUUCCGUGGUGGCAAGGAUGGUGAACCUAGCGCGAACAUAACAAUAUCCAACGAAGUGCCAAGGACGACCCGGGCGCAACAGCAUCGUUACGCACGUGGACGGCCAAAUUUUUUUAGAAACAAUCUCAUCGGACGCCGGAAACGGGUAUGGAGGCUGCGGUUACCGGCAAACAUCGCUCGGGUUCGAGCAGCACUGAUACAAACCGUAGCAAGAGGUGCCGAUACUGGCGGUGGCAGCGCCUAGCACGGUGCAUAGGAACAGUAGCGGCAGUAACAGGAGAUGCCACGGAGCUUACCAGUAGAGAGAAAAGGAGAGAGUGUGUAUGUCGGCUUGAAGAUACGGAAGACGUCACGAAGUGCGCGUUGGGUCGUGAGUGAGUGGUGAGUGUGAGAAGAGUAUCGACGAGCACGGGCUCGUAUACGACUGCAAAGUGUGCCAAGCGAUCACGGGGACGAUCGGACGGGAUCCACACCACGAUUCAGCCGGUAGCCGGUACCGACCGCAAUGGAGAAGCAAUCGCAUCUAACAUAUACGAUACAAUAAGUGGAUCUAAUCUAGUGCAAUAUUAAUCGGAACGUCUAGCGCGCUGAAUGCGGAAACAGAACUCUACCACUACCACGUAACACGUAAAACAUAACUCUAAACAAAAGACAAGCAUGAUAAACUAAAACACGGGAAAGCGAAACUAAAAGCCCAAAACAAGGAAGCAGAAAGCAUAUUUAUUGGGAAAAAUAUUUUAAUAAAGCAAACUAAAAAGCAUAGCAUACGAAAAUAACCUUGAACGAUGGAUACUGCAGGAGAGGCGGAAUGCUUACCGGAAAGGCAUAUUACUAGUGUGGACGGUAUCGCAACAUCUAACCUUAAAGUACAUCACGUCAAACAAUAAAGCAACAUAAA